AUGUUGAAGCCGAUUUACAAUGAGGCCGCCGAGAAAUUCAAGGACUACCCCGCCGGCAAGGUUGUUUGGGCAUCGGUGGAUGCAGACCAACAAUCGGAAAUCGCCACCCGCUUCAGCGUCAAUAAGUAUCCGACUCUCAAACUCUUCCGUAAGGGCGAACUGGUCAAGAAGGAGUUUCGCGGACAACGUAGUGUCGAAGCCCUGACAGCGUUCAUCCAGAAGCAGUUUGACACCGGUAUCGUCGUGCUCAGCUCCGCGGAAGAGUUGAAUACCAAAUUGCAGGCCGGCAAGCGCAACGUCGUUGGCUUCUUCCCCCAGACUGGAGGAGUCGAAUUCGAGGACUUUCAGCAUGGCUGCUUCUGUCCUCCAAAAUGGCUGGCAGAAAGAUGUGUCCCAUUGGUCCGGGAGAUCACUUUUGAAAAUGCUGAGGAGCUUACGGAAGAGAAUCUGCCUUUCCUUAUCCUUUUCCGGCACCCCGAUGACAAGCACAGCGAACAACUCUACAAGGACGCUGUCAUCCGGGAAAUUCCGGACCAAAAAGGCAAAUGGCCUCCCCCAACAGACGCAGCCGCCAUCAAGUGCCUU